AUGGAGGGCAGCUGGAGAGGCAUCCUAGCCAUGCUGGUUGUCCUGAUUGGGCUGGCAGCUUCUGGAUCCAGUUAUCAAAUCAUAGACGGUCCCAAGAAUGCAACGGUCCUUCAAGGCUCAGAGGCCCGCUUCAACUGCACGGUGUCCCCAGGCUGGAAGCUCAUUAUGUGGACUCUUAAGGACAUCGUGGUCCUGAGCGUCACACCCCAAGAGUCCAUUGUCACCAACAACCGCUUCACCGCCGAGAGCUAUGACCUGGAUGGCAACUUUGUCUCUGAGAUGCUUAUUCACGACGUGCAGCUCAGCGACGAGGGGCUGAUUAUAUGCAGCCUGCAGAACAGCGACCUGACCAGAUCUGCCUACCUUUCCGUCCAAGUUAUGGGAACACUGCACAUCCCCAGUGACAGCCUCCUAGUCAUUGAGGAUGAACCCUGUAAUGUUACUUGCCAAGCACUGGGCUGGACCCCGCUCCCAGAUAUUACCUGGACGGUUGAUGUCCCAGUCAGCCAUUCUGGCUAUUUUUCCUCUCUGGAGCCUGGUGAUGGUCACAGUGCAGUGAGCGUCCUGACACUCACACCACAGGGCAAUGGGACGCUGACUUGUGUGGCUGACCUACGGAGCCUGCAGGCCAGCACGUCUGUGACUGUGAACCUGACUGUGGUCCAGCAUCUGCCCGACAGCAUUGACAGGUCAGAUGCAGCACUGCCUACCUGGGCCAUAAUUCUGCUUGCAGUGUCAUUUUCAUUGCUUUUGAUCCUGAUAAUUGUUCUGAUUAUAAUAUUCUGCUGCUGUUGUGUCUCCGGGAAAAACCAACAAGAAUCUAGCUAUCAAAAUGAAGUAAGGAAAUCUGCAAAUGUGAAGACAGACAAAGGCGUUCUUGGAAAUGAAAACCAUGGAUACCACCCAGAUGAGCCCAAGCCUGCAAAGGCUGCUUCUCUUCCUCCUAAGUCCAACGUAUACAGCAUCCCGGAGCAACGGAGUAGGAGUCGUCCUUUUCAGGAACCUGCUAAACAUCAGCCUAACCCGGGGAGUCGCCCACAGGUCUCUUUUAGUAUUGCCAGUCCUCAGAAGGUCAGGAAUGUAACUAUAGUAUAG